UCCUCACCGAGACAUUCCUCCGCUCCCGGCGUGACUGACGCUGACGCCGGAGGAGACUUUGGUGACGUCACGCGUGCGGAGGAGGGAGGACGUGCAUGCGGCAUGAGGACGGCAGCUCACUAAGCGUGCCGAGCCAGCGCCGGGGCGCGCGCCGAUGACUGCCCGCCAAAGCAGGAGGAAGAAGAUCGCUGCUUUCCCACGGGGACCACAACCAGCUGCCAUGAUACUGUCGCUGGCGGCAGCGGCGGUGGCCGGGAGCGGCCUGAACUCCUCCUUGGCCCCGGACCCCGCCAACUGGUCGGCGUCGGCGUGGUGGGAGGAGCCGUCCAACUCUUCUUCGGAGCCGGAGGUGCGCGCCCAGCCGGAGCCGCGUCCGUCGGAGGUGAGCCCCUGGGACGUGGCGCUGUGCGUGACGGGGACGCUCAUCUCUUGUGAGAACGCGUUGGUCAUCGCUGUGCUGUUCUACGCGCCGGGACCCCGGGCGCCCACCUUGGUCCUGAUGGGCUCGCUAGCAGCCGCCGACCUCCUGGCCGGUUUGGGCCUCAUCCUGAACUUUGUCUUCACCUACCUGGCGACCGGCUGGCCCGAACCUGCCGGUUUGCUCUCAGCCGGGCUCCUGCUCUCGGCCUUCUCGGCCUCUGUCCUCAACGUGCUGGCCAUCACGGUGGACCGCUACUUGUCGCUGUACAACGCGCUGACCUACCACACGGAACGGACGCUGACCUUCACCUACGCCAUGGUUGCGUCCAUCUGGCUGGCGUGCGUGACGCUGGGCCUGUUGCCGGCACUGGGCUGGAACUGCCUGCGUGAUCGCUCGGCGUGCAGCGUCUUCCGACCGGUGACCAAAAGCAACGCGGUGGCGCUAGCCGUGGCCUUCCUGCUGGUCUUCGCGCUCAUGAUGCAGCUCUACCUGCAGAUCUGCAAGAUCGCCUUCCGCCACGCGCAGCAGAUCGCCGUGCAACACCAGUUCCCGGCCAGCUCCACCACCAAGGGCGUUUCCACGCUGUCGGCUAUCUUGUGUGCCUUCGGGGCGUGCUGGCUCCCAUUCGCCGCCUACUCCGCCGUGGCCGAUUCCAGCUACCCGGCCGUGUACGGCUACGUGGCGGCAUUGCCCGCCACCUGCUGCUCCGUCAUCAACCCAGUCAUUUACGCCUUUCGCCACCCGGACAUCCAAAAAUCGCUGUGGAUGGCGUGCUGCGGUUGCGUCCCGCACGACCUCUCGCCCAGACCGCGGGCCUCCAGCGACGUGUAGCCCGGGGACGUUGGACUUCCCUCUUCUUUGAAGCACAUUUCCCCGAAAA